AUGGCUGAAGAAAAUGAAGUGCCGAGUGCAGUCUCAGGUGCUGCAAGCAGCGCUCCUCAACCUGAGUUUGAGAAUGCCCUCAGCGGAGAAGUACAAGCGCGACGCGAAAUGGUUGAAGCAGUGAGUGCAGCUGCAGAAGAAGAAAAUGAGGAGAAGAAGGUAAAUGCUGAGGAGAUGAAGAAAAGGUUUGAAGAGUUGGAGGCGAUGAAAGUAGAAGCAGAAACACGACGUCAAGAUGAAAUCACCAAGAUGAUGAAGGAGGAUGUUAGUGAGAAGAAAGACGAAGAAGAAAAGAAAGAUAGUAGCAGUAGCAGCAGCAGUUCUUCGAGUGAUGAAGGUGAUGGCGGCGAUGCGAGGAAAGAAGAAGAUGAGAAGAAAGAAGAAGAUAAGAAGAAAGAAGAAGAAAAGGAGAAAGAAGGAGAAAAGGAGAAAGAAGGAGACAAGUCGAACAUUAAAGAUAUCUUCGUGAUUCGCGGCCGCCUGAUCUCGAUGCACCAAGGAAUAAGCCUGAAGGACAUCCAAGGACUACGCGUCCAGCUGCUGGAAAAGAUGAAGGAUUUGGAACACGGCAUGUCCGUGUACCAGAAGAAACAAGAACACCUAAACUCGGUGUUCGACGAAAAGGACAGUGAGUUCCAGGCCACCCGCGUCCGGGUGAAAGAGCUAAGUGAAGAGUUGGAUGAGUUGAAGAAAAGGGUGCAAACUUUGCACGAAGAGCUCAACAAGUUAGAAGAUCCGCUCCUGGAGGUGCAGGAGGACGGAAGACUCUUCCAGCGCGGACAUGCGGAAGGAGAGGAGUGCCUCCGCCUAUUGUCCGAGGCUGAAAGGAUCAACGCACCGACCUGCACGGUUGAAGUCGCUUUUGGCGGACGCAAGGAGGCGAGGCUCACAGAGCAAAAAGAACAUGAAGAGGAAGAGAAUCAAAGAAAGAAAAGGCGUGAAGAGAGAGAGAGAGAGAAGAAAAAGCAAGAUGAGAAGAAGGAUGAGAAGAAGGAUGAAAAGAAGGAUGAUCAAGAUGAAGAUCCAAAGGACGACCCGAUGGGUGGAAAGAUUUCCACAACGGUUGUUUCAAAGUCGUUCCUGAAGCUGCUGAAGGAUCCAGGAUCCAUUGAUGUGGACGACAAAGAUGACAAGAAGGACAGGAAGAAGGGCGGUGAUGGAAAGAAGAAGAAGAAAGAUGACAAGGACCCACCCACACCGUUGACAAAGGCUAUGCCUGUGGCGGUGAAGAAGCAAAUGGCUCAAGUUUUGCAGAAGCCAAUGCCAAAGAAGCCAAAGGUUGGAUCCCAAGGGGAUGAGGAGUCGCCGCGCAGAAGUGAGCGACCAAGCGAGCCUGCAGAGCCACCGCGAAAGAAAGUGAAAGGAAGUUCCGAUGUUCCUAUGAGAAAGCGAAAGAUCAGUGAGCCGUACAAGAAAGAAGACGAUAAGCCACCUGAAGCAGAAAGCGAAGUUGCAGUGCAAGGUGAAAAAGAUGAUGAAGUUUCCAAGGCGUUGGAUAACAUCGCAAGGGUCUGUGCAAGGAUCAGCGAAGAGGAGAGAGUAAAAAGGGAGGAUCAGGAGAAAGACGACAAGAAGGAGAAAGAGAAGAUUGAGGAAAAGGACGAUGAAAAGCAAGCUGAAGGAUUGAAGACUCCAGGAGAAGAUGAGUCUGACAAGAUUUUGGUUGAGAUCAAAGGAGAUGUCAAAGACGAUAAGGUGGUUGGCGAUGACGUUUCAAAGCCAGACGAAGAGAAGAAAGAUGCAAAGGAGCCAGAGAAAGAAGAGAAGCCAAAGGAAAGUGCAAAGGACAAGAAGAAGAAGAAAGUUGGAAAAGUGAAAAAGGAGAAGAAGACGAAGAAAGCCACAGCGAAGAAGACGCCAAAGAAAGAGAAGAAGGUAAAAGAUGCCCAGAAGAAUGAUGAGAUUAAGAAGCCUGAGGAUGAAGCAGGCAGUGAUUCGACGUAUUCCUAA